AUGUCAACAACAUCGCCUUCAUCGCCGUCAUCACCGUCAUCGUCGUUGUCGUCGUCGUCGUUAUCAUCACAAAGCUCCGCCUCCUCCAACACCACCACCAUGAGCACCACGGCAUCAGCAGCAGCAGCAACCCACCUCACCGCUCCCUCCCAGCCAGCAGUGUCGUCUUCCUCUCCGUCCCCGGGGGGAAGUGGCACGUUGGCGGCCACCUCAACCACCUCACCGUCGGCACCGGCACUCGCAGCAGCACUGCUCCUGACAUCCUCACCAGCAUCAUCACCGUCGUCGUCGUCCUCCUCGAACCGGUCGACCAGCACCACCACCACUACUACUACUUCAUCGCAUUGCCAUGGCUACCAGCAGCCGCUACUUUUAUCCUUAGCGGCUUCGCCCUCGCCGGCCCUGGUACAAUCCUCCACGGUGGCAGCUUCGAAUAGCGGUUCGGCCUCCCUGUUGAUCAAUCAUCUUACGAGCAGCAACAAACCGACGCCGUCAUCAUCGCUCGCUGCCCCAGCGUCACCCUCGUCCUCCAGCCCGUCAUCGUCAUCGGUGGUUGGCGGAAGAGUUGAAGCUGCAAAACCGUCGACGACGGUUCGCACUGAGGAGACGAUCGGCGGUAAACGGCAGGCUCCGCUGGUACUGGUGGCAUCGGCGACCACGCCCAGGAAGACAAAACUGAGCCACAGCAGCAGCCACUCCUCUGCCCUCAUCGGUGGACGUGGCGGAGUUGCCGUUGCGGAUGGCGACCCUGCCUGUCCGAAGGUAGCGCUAGCGUCACCGAUCGUCAACGUGGUGGUGAAUGACAUUGCCGCCGGGCUGGCGAACGCUGUUGCAGCGGCCGUCGCGGACGCCGUCACAGUCGCAACGAUUGGUAGAAACCUGAUCAUGGCGACGACGGCAGCCGCACCACCAUCCGCUGGCAACCGGCAUCAUCAUCACAAUGCCCGCACCAACGCCACCACCAACACUAACGGCGGUGGCACCGCGCUCAACUCGUACUCACAGCUGCGCCAACAGCUCGAAAUGGGCUCUUCGGCCGCCGUUGUUGGCGGGGGAGUCGGCAAAGGUCAGCAGCAGCAGCAACACAGUCAUCUGAAGCAAUUUCUUAGCGCCGGUGCUGGUGCUGCUGGAGGUGGUGGGGUGGGUGGUGUAAUGGUGGCUACUGCUGGCGGUGCCGGCAACCAGCACCCUGGUGGUGCAGCACAGCAACACCACCACCAUCAUCACCAUCACCAUCACGUACAUUCGCAGUCGAGAAGGCAGGCGGCGCACGCUGCCGGUGGUGGUAGCAGUGGGGCCGUCGCUGGUGGCAGCACUGCUUCAUCCAGUGGGGGAGCCGGGUUGGCGUGUGCUCUGUUGCUCUUAGUUACAGUAACACACGCAUCCCGGCUGCUUCAAAGCCUUCUACCACACUACUCGCCAGAUGGUGGUGGGGUGCUAGCCUAG